AUGUGGGGUCUUGAUGGAGGUGGGGGAGCAAAGCUCUGUGGGAGCGAGCAGGAAGGUCAAAGGACCAGGUCUUUCCUCAGCCCCACCCUGGGAACUGGAAGCUCAGGUCUGGGGCCAUCUCCCCCUGAGGUAACCUUGACUCAGAAGAAACCAGCUGGCAGACAGAGACAGCAGGCAGCCGGAGCACGCGGGCCCGCAGGAAGGCAGGAAGACCCCAGAGCAGAGCAGAGCUGAGGGCUGCUGGUGGCCAGAGCCCUGGGGGAGGCCGAGGCAAAGACUGCUUUGCAACAGGUCACCAAGGAACGGGAUGACGCCAUAGCCAAGAAACUGGCCGUGGAAGCUGAACUGGGCAUCUGCAGGGCCAAACUCCAAGCCGUGGAGAAGCAGCUGUUGGACGUGGUGAAGGAGAAACUGGUGCUGGUGGAGGAGGUGGAGGCCUGGAAGGAUGAUGUCCAGGAGCUGGUCUGCAGACAGAUUCAGAGCCAGAUGCAGAGAGAAGGGAGUGGCCCCGGGGGGGACAGAACCCCUGUCUCAGAGUCCAGACCCCAGCCUGGCCUAAUCACCCACUUCUCCCAGAGGCAGUGGAGAUGGCGGAGGAGAGACAGUGGACUCGAGCAGAUGGAGAACUGGACUUCCAGUCAGGAAGAAAUGGGUUCCUAUUUUGCAUAUUAGCCGUAUGACUCUGAGCAAGUCAAUCCCUCAGUGUCCCCAGAAAAUUGCAGAAGAUGAAAUGUAGCAGAACAGGCUCAGAUGCACAAAUGGCAGAAAGAAUUUCUUCCUGGAAACCUCCCCAGGCUAAUGAAGUCACAGAACUGGUCUCCCCAGAAUAAGCUUAGGCAAUGCAAAACCACCACCUCGGGCCAAGAGAUCUUGGGAUCCUAGACAGCUGCAAGGGCCCUCGGGAGCCUCUGCUUAAAUCCAAUUCCCCUUCAAGUCGAGAUACCUCCUGGUGAUGUCAUUGCUCUUCUUGGAAAACAGGAUGAACAGCAACAACUUCAGCCUCUUUGUUCAAAGUCCCCAGGUAGGAAACAUCACCGGCAGGAUUUGAAUCUAGGUCAAUCACUUGACUAACAUUAACUAAACACCUGUUAUGAGUCCCUGGCAAGCCCACGGAGGAAGGAAGACAGGAAUGAAACAAUCCCUUUACAAGGAGGGUUUACAUUCCAUAUAGUGAGAUCAUAAAUUUAGAACCUGGAGGAACUUUAGAAAUUAACCCCAUCUCUUCCCCUUUUAUGGAUGAGGAAACUGAGGCUGGGUCAUAAAGGUCAGAGGUGAGAUGCAAAUCCAGAUCUUCCUGUCGUCCACUCAGAUGUGAGAAAACUCCCCAGAGCAUCAGAACUAGAUUAAAAUGGAAUUGGGAAAUGUGAAACAAAAAUAAAAAUACAACAAAAUUUAGAUAGUAUUAACUUGAGGUUUUCUAAGUCACAUGGAGCUUUCUAUUUUGACCCUAUUGUACUAAACUGCCGGGAUCAGGGGUCUUCCCAAUGUACCAUAUUAUCUUAAGGAAGGCAAGCAAGAAAACUGGGGGGAUUCCCCGUAGGGGAUUUUAGGAGAGGACAGAGUUGUUGGAUGAGAAGGCAUAGAUGAGUGCUUCCUUCUCUUCUUCCUCCCUUCCUUGCUUCCUCUUUUUUC